AUGAAAACCUUAUAUUCCCUGAGGAGGUUCUACCACGUGGAAACGCUCUUUAAUGGAACUUUAGCUUUAGCUGGUCGUGACCAAGAAACCACCGGUUUCGCUUGGUGGGCCGGGAAUGCCCGACUUAUCAAUUUAUCUGGUAAACUUUUGGGAGCUCAUGUAGCCCAUGCCGGAUUAAUCGUAUUCUGGGCCGGAGCAAUGAACUUAUUUGAAGUGGCCCAUUUUGUACCUGAAAAGCCCAUGUAUGAACAAGGAUUAAUUUUACUUCCCCACCUAGCCACUUUAGGAUGGGGGGUAGGUCCUGGGGGAGAAGUUAUAGACACCUUUCCGUACUUUGUAUCUGGAGUACUUCACUUAAUUUCUUCUGCAGUUUUGGGCUUUGGCGGUAUUUAUCAUGCACUUCUGGGACCCGAAACUCUUGAAGAAUCUUUUCCCUUUUUCGGUUAUGUAUGGAAAGAUAGAAAUAAAAUGACCACCAUUUUGGGUAUUCACUUAAUUUUGUUAGGUGUAGGUGCCUUUCUUCUAGUAUUCAAGGCUCUCUAUUUUGGGGGCGUAUAUGAUACCUGGGCUCCGGGAGGGGGGGAUGUAAGAAAAAUUACAAACUUGACUCUUAGCCCAAGUGUUAUAUUUGGUUAUUUACUAAAAUCUCCCUUUGGGGGAGAAGGAUGGAUUGUUAGUGUGGACGAUUUGGAAGAUAUAAUUGGAGGACAUGUAUGGUUAGGUUCCAUUUGUAUAUUUGGUGGAAUCUGGCAUAUCUUAACCAAGCCUUUUGCAUGGGCUCGCCGCGCACUUGUAUGGUCUGGGGAGGCUUACUUGUCUUAUAGUUUAGCUGCUUUAUCUGUUUGUGGUUUCAUUGCUUGUUGUUUUGUCUGGUUUAAUAAUACCGCUUACCCUAGUGAGUUUUACGGACCUACGGGGCCAGAAGCUUCUCAAGCUCAAGCAUUUACUUUUCUAGUUAGAGACCAACGUCUUGGAGCUAACGUGGGGUCUGCUCAAGGACCUACAGGUUUAGGUAAAUACUUAAUGCGUUCUCCGACUGGAGAAGUUAUUUUUGGAGGAGAAACAAUGCGUUUUUGGGAUCUGCGUGCUCCCUGGUUAGAACCUUUAAGGGGUCCUAACGGUUUGGACUUGAGUAGGUUGAAAAAAGACAUACAACCUUGGCAAGAACGACGUUCGGCAGAAUAUAUGACUCAUGCUCCUUUAGGUUCGUUAAAUUCUGUAGGGGGCGUAGCUACUGAGAUCAAUGCAGUCAAUUAUGUCUCUCCGAGAAGUUGGUUAUCUACCUCUCAUUUUGUUCUAGGAUUUUUCCUAUUCGUGGGUCAUUUAUGGCACGCGGGAAGGGCUCGGGCAGCGGCAGCGGGAUUUGAAAAAGGAAUUGAUCGUGAUUUUGAACCUGUUCUUUCCAUGACUCCUCUUAACUAA